AUGAUUAUUGUCAAUAAUUCACUUUUGUUAAAAAAUACAACAAUAGAAUCUAUUCAUUCAACAAUUGAAUUUCAUGAUACAUCAUCAGUUAGUACAAUAAUUACAAUUAUUAUUCUAUCAUUUUUAAGUAUAUCUGGUUGGAUAUUUAUGUCAUAUGCACUUUUUGGUCGAUCAGAAGCUUAUCGUACAAAACCUGAUGAUCAAUAUGGUAUAUCACAUUCUACAAACAAUCUAGAUGGAUCGAAUCCAAAUGAUUUUAUAGCUGAUCUUGAUUAG